ACGUGAUGGGCCAGUGGGACCCGCCCUUCAACUGCAGCUCGGGUGUCUACAGCUUCUGCUGCGGCACGUGCGGCUACCGCUUCUGCUGCCACGACGGCCCGCGCCGCCUGGACCAGAGCCGCUGUUCCAACUACGACACGCCAGCCUGGGUGCAGACUGGCCGGCCGCCCGCCCGUGCCCGUGACACUGCCGCCCCGCGCGAUCCGGCUCGCGAGCGCAGCCACACUGCGGUCUACGCGGUGUGCGGUGUCGCCGCGCUACUCGUGCUGGUUGGCAUCGGGGCACGCCUGGGCCUUGAGAGAGCGCACAGCCCGCGCGCUCGGCGCACGGUGACCAGGACAGAGGUAGCAGUGGGGAGGACGGAGAAACAGUGGGAGCUGAGGCCCCUUGUGGUAGAGGGGUGUUGGGCUAGUCCAUGGCUGGCAACACGAUCAGCAACGUUCAGAUUUGGUUAUGUCCCUAUAACAAUGUGCCUUGACUCUCUUCUUUGGGCUCCUAGGACACUGACAGAACUUCUCAAACAGCCAAGCCCCCAGGAACCACUGCCUCCACCUCUGGGCCCACCCCUGGGUAACUGUGUCCAGGUCCAAAUGGGUGAUGGUGUUCUUCGGGGUUCCCCCCACAACAGCACAGACAAGAAACGCCUCAAUAACGCGCCUCUGGGAUCUGCCACCCCGGGACCCCCGCGCGGCCCCCGGCUGCAGGGUGGUGGCAGCCUGACGUUGCAGCCCGAUUACACCAAAUUCGCUACUCUUAAAGCAGCAGCCCUCAAGGCCACAGAGGCUGCACCCCAGGACUUCUACCAACGUUUUCCCUCUACCGAGCCGGCCCCACGAACCCUCCCAGCUCGGGCCCCGCGUAACCCGGAGGACUUGCCUGCGCUGCUAGAAGCCUGUCCCUGGGCCCCUCCAGGUUACGUACCUCCCACCGGCCCGGUCCCCUAUGCGGCUUGGACCGCGGGCCGCCCCACGCGGCCGGUCCCCCGUGGCCACUUGGUGGCUCAUGUCUCUCCUGCACCCCGGCGGCCCAGCCACGUGCCACGGCGUCAGUUCAGCGUAGAGAAGUUGCCCGAGGCCUUCAGCACGCAGCCUGACACCUUUUACAGCAGCGCCGGCAGAGGGCCCCGGCACCUAAGCACCAACAGCAAAGCUGAAGUCACUGUCUGAAAUGGAACCACAGGAGCUUUCUGUGGGGUCUAGGACCCCAGGUCGUGGAGUGGAAGUGCUGGCUUCGAUCCAGACGGGACUGGGGACAGUUAGAGCCUGUGGCUAAGGGGCCAAAAGGGUAGGGUCAUGUGUUCUGUCCUUGGGAAUGCAGGGCUAUCCUUACCUGUGUAAAUAAACCCUCUAAUGUGGUUCCUGUCUCAA